AUGAAGUCUGAGAACGGUAGCUCAAUAACUGGUCAACCCGAAAUCGAAUCUAUCAACGAUAUAUCAAUGAACACCGUAUCUGAAUUUAUGGACAUUGAACCUAAUGUACUGGAGCCCGUCGAACCUGAAAUGGAAUCUACCAACGAAAUCGUGGCGGACAGUAAGCCAGAGCACAACAGCAGAAAACGAAAUGCUUCCGAUGCGCAUUGCUUUGCUGUUCCUCAGACACCUAAAAAGACGUGCAUCAAAGAGAAAGAUGAGGAAUCGAUUGGUGGAGAAAUGAAGAAAUGUAAAAUUUGUAUUGGAAUGAUCAACAUAUUUGAAGUGGAGACCGACGCUAUUGUUGUUCCAACCUACGCUGAAAAAUUAUCAAAGGAAGAGCUGAAUUUUGCUAGUGAUCCUCCGAGUAGGAAAAAGUAUAACGUAACCCGUUCAUGUCCUCCAACUUGGACCAAAUUCAUCCGAUUAACCACUCCAUUCUGUCUGAAAAUAAUCGGAUCCACUGAUAUAUUCUUCACUCAAGUUCAAGUUCAAGUUUUAUGCAUCAACUCGAAAGGCAUGUUAGCUGGGUUAAAAAGUGACGAGAAACGAAACUUUGCGACUGAAAAAGCCCACAUAAUCAACAUGCAAGGUACCUACUUGGGCAACAUGUUUUAUAUAUCGGGCGCCCGGAAGACAACAUGCUCGACGUGGGCGCAAGUACAGACACCGGAGUGUGCUGGGUUGAAUGUGAGAGCCUUACAACAGAUUGAAUAG